AUGAGCAGGAUACCACAAGGUGUUAAAACUGCUUUCAUUACGUUUACUUGGUUUCCAGUUUUAUACACCUUUACCAAUCAUGGAUAUCAACCAUAUAAAAUAAGUGGAUUUUCAAUGACACCAACUUUUAAUCCCGGUACUGAAACAACAACUAAUGAUAUUGUAAUUGUUCAGAAAUUCAAUUUAAAGAAACCAAGUUCUCUUGAUAGAGGUGAUAUUAUUAUGUUUAGAUCGCCAUCAAAUCCAGAAAAAUUAUUAACUAAACGAGUUAUAGGAUUACAAGGUGAUUUAAUUCGUCCUAAAUCACCACCAUAUCCUAAACCAGAAGUGAGAAUACCGAGAAAUCAUUUAUGGGUUGAAGGCGAUAAUGGAAUUCAUUCAAUUGAUUCAAAUACGUUUGGUCCUAUAAGUCAAGGGUUGGUAGUUGGGAAAGUAAUGACUGUAAUAUGGCCAUUGAAUAGAUUUGGUUGUGAUUUAUCUGGUGGAAGGGAUUUGUCAAUAUGA